AAGGGACACACCUAAAUACCUGUGGAGUGAAGGAAAAAAGAUACAUCUUCAUUUGCCAAGACGGGCCAUUCUGACGCAGGCGCGUGUGUCGUCUGCCAAGUACCUUAUUUUGCCUUUCAGACAGCCUGCCUUCGCCCAAACCAGCACUUAAUCUGCGUUUCCUGGUUUCUCCCUCUAUUACCCCUUUGGCGACGACGCUAUUAUUUCUCGCAACCUUUUCUUUUCCUUUCUCUCUUCCCUCCUUCCAGUUGAUACAUCACGUCGAACCUCACUCACGACUGUUUUCGCAUCAUCGACAGGCGCCACGGCCGCCACGACCACAAACAGACUUACGACGAUGUUGUUUUCUACACUUGGGCGCGCUGCCCUUGCUGCAGCCGCGUUUGCGACAUGUUCGUUUGCACAAAGCUCAAAAGACGAUGAUCUCGGCCAAUCGACCUUUGUCGCCCCGGAAAACAAUGUCGCCUUUGGCUUCACCGUCCCCGAAAACAGCGGCGAGGACAUCUUCUUCACGAUGCGGGCCCCCAUCGACCGCACAUGGGCCGCCAUUGGCAUCGGCCAGGAUCAAAUGGCCGGUAGCUUGAUCUUCAUGAUCUAUCGCGACGAAACGGGCAACAACGUCACCUUCUCACCUCGCAUAGCUUAUGGAAACUACGAGCCGACAUACUACAACAAUAUGCAGUGGGACGUUCUUGCCGGGACGGGUGUGUUCAACAAUUCCAUGUACUUCAGUGCGCGAUGCACUGCCCACUGCAGGAGCUGGGUGGGAGGAUGGAUCGAUGUCUCAAACGAGAACCAAAAGGCCAUCUAUGCUGUUGGGCCCAAAGGAAGCUUCUUCUCGAAUAAGCAGGACACGUCUGUCAAGUUCCACGAGGAGUUUGGCCGCUUCACACUCAACAUGAAGCGCACAGUUGGCCCCGGCGACGCGCCCGUGCUCAAGGACAGUUCCGUCAAUGAGGGCACCACGCAAGUCUCCGCCAACGAUGGCCGGAGAGACUACAAGUCCAUCUUCCAUGCGGUUCUGAUGGUGGGCUCCUUGGUCUUCCUCAUUCCUUUCGGCGCCAUCCUCCUUCGCUUUGGAAACAUGGUUAGGUGGCACGCCCUCAACCAAGGUGUUGCUCUGGUUAUCGUUCUCAUUGGUUUCGUGCUCGGUGUUCUGACCAGCUUCUGGUACUCACGUUCUCGUGGUUUCAAGUCAGCACAUCAGAUCAUCGGCUUCAUCGUGGUUGGCUUCCUCUUGGGUCAAUUCGCCAUUGGCUUUCUGCAUCACCAAAAAUACAAGAAGACGCAGCGGGACACGCCAUACAAGGUUGUUCACCAAUGGCUCGGUCGCAUCACGAUUGCUCUUGGCACCUUCAACGCAUUCUUGGGCUUCUCAUUUGCCUUGAACCGCCGAUUCAAUUACUUCCUCGCUGCAUUCAUCAUCCUCAUGCUUCUGGUCUCUCUGUUCUUCACCUUCGGAGGCAAGUGGGUCCGCGGCCGGCUGCCCGCUAAGUUCGGCAACCAAGCAACGGGCGGGUACAACCCGGAACCUUGGAGACAAGCACCUCCGCAAGGCGGUUACGCAUACACCGGUGCCGCUCCUCCUGCCUACCAACCGCCUUCUCAUCAGAACCAAAGUGUCGGUCUGACAAGCAUGGUGGCGGAUCCCACGCAGCCGACGAAAGAGAGGAGCGGUAGCCGCGAUUACCGGAACAACGACUUGGGUUCUGCGCACCAACCGCGCGAGAUGGUGUAAACCAUUAGCUCGGUAUCACUCCGACUUUGUUAUCAACAUUGUCUGCAUUUUUGGCGUUGCGCGGGAUGGGGAAACGAAAGUGAAUGGAAAAUGAAUGCUGGGUAGCAAUCCUUGCGGAUGGCCCUCCGCUUCAAUGCUAUGAUUUAGCUGUAUAUUUAAUGUAUUUCACACAUCGAGUUUCAUACCAAAAGAUGCAUGAUUCGAUGAACGAUCGCUUUCUUGUCCCAAAGAUAUUGAAAUGGCCAACAAGAGUAGCUUUGCACUAAAACUGCGGUUGCUAGUCGUAGUGCUGAGCGAGACCGGACGGCG